UAUUCAAAACACGUCCUCCAUCCACCAGAUUAUGAGUAUUAUUGAAUUUGAAAUUGAUGAAGUACGUAAACUCUGUGAAAAUGUUGUGCCCAACUCAAAAAUAAUUGCCAGCACUUCCGUUGCACCUGCACCAUUCGUACGUGUUGAUAUCCACGAGAAUCAAUAUUAUCGUCAACUAACAGCGUGCCUACGUUUUCCAAUCGACUACCCGAAGGAAGCGAUUCUAAUCGAACUGAAGAGUAAAACAUUGUCGGAUAAAUUCCUGCAAGGUCUAACAAGUGUUUGUGAGAAGCAACUGAAACAGGAGUGGUUGGGUAAGCCUCAGUGUCUGAAUGUGCUCAAGUUCUUGCAACAGUAUGUCCAGGAUAAUCCGUUGUGUGUAUGCUUCGAUGAGAUACAACAGCUGCGUAAAGAUUUGGGACCGCAGGCAACUGCGGACCAGUUAAAGUUGAAGCAGAAAACAAGUUCGAUUCAUUUCACUGUUAAAGGUGGAGAUUACUACUACCGUGUAAAGGCUGUGGUGCCAGAUGAUUAUCCACAACAUUGUGUGGAAUUGCAGCAGCAGGAAACAAAUCUUCCGGCAGUUUUGUUGCGCUACUUAAAUGGCCAGUCAAAGGAAAUUGCCCGUCAGUGUGUGGAACCGCCGUUGCGUAUGCCGAAAGGAAAAACUAUAGCUGAUUUUCAACCGGUACCAUCGCUAUAUAGAGCACUGAAGUUUUGCCUUGAGGCCACCAGAGGAUUUCACGCUGAAGAAUGUCCUAUAUGCGGCCAAAUGGUGUUGCCACGUAAUCCAAACGAUUUGGAAAAGGAUGACAGCAAGGAUACCUAUGUGGAGCGUGUAUAUUGUGGCCAUUUGUUUCAUCAGGGUUGUUUGAAAUUAUAUUUGUCGGAACCACCAUUUCCCAAAGGUGGAAAGUUGUGUCCAGCAAAACGUCGGCAUUUACGCUCGGAUGCUACUUACUAUUUGGGUGGCAUGCGAGGCAACAAGAUGCCAACAAUUUUGCCAGAUGAAGGUGGUGCCUGUGGUAUACGUUUGGCCCAUGACCGUUGGGUGGUUAAUGUAAAAGUUGCCGAAAGCCGUUGGGCCCAGAAGCAGGCACGUCAACGUGAAUUGGAAGAGGUUGUGGAUUUUUUGAAGUGAUCGAC